UGCCCGUGACACCGCCCCCCAGCGGGGCUUCUGCUUGCGGCCGCCCCCGCCCGCUCACUCCGCUCGCCAUGGCCUUCGCCACGCGCCGCUUCGUGCGCUCCGCGUCCUCCGCCGCCGCCAAGAAGCUGAUCGUGAAGCAUGUGACCGUGAUCGGGGGCGGCCUGAUGGGCGCGGGCAUCGCCCAGGUUGCUGCAGCAACUGGUCACACUGUGGUGUUAGUGGACCAGACAGAUGAAAUCCUGAAGAACUCCAGGAAAGGGAUUGAGGAUAGUUUGAAAAGAAUGACAAAGAAGAUGUUUACAGACAAGCCUGAGGCUGCUGCUCAGUUCAUUGAGAAGACCUUAAAGAACCUAACAGUGAGCACAGACCCAGUAGCAGUGGUACACAGCACCGACCUUGUGAUUGAGGCCAUUGUGGAGAACCUGCAAGUGAAAAAUGAUCUCUUCAAGAGACUGGACAAGUUUGCUCCAGAAAACACAAUAUUUGCGAGCAACACUUCGUCUUUGCAAAUAACGGACAUAGCCAACUCCACCACCAGGCAGGACCGCUUUGGUGGCCUCCAUUUCUUUAACCCAGUGCCUAUGAUGAAGCUUGUGGAGGUCAUCAAGACACCAAUGACCAACCAAAAGACUUUUGAGUCGCUCAUGGAAUUCACCAAAGCAUUGGGAAAGAAUCCAAUAUCUUGCAAGGAUACCCCAGGAUUUGUUGUAAAUCGUCUCCUGGUGCCAUACCUGAUGGAAGCAGUCCGGCUUUAUGAGAGAGGAGAUGCAUCAAAGGAAGAUAUUGAUGUUGCUAUGAAGCUGGGGGCUGGCUAUCCCAUGGGUCCGUUUGAACUGCUGGACUAUGUUGGGUUGGAUACCAGUAAAUAUAUUAUAGAUGGGUGGCAUUCGUUAGAGCCAAACAAUCCUCUGUUUGCUCCGAGCCCACUGCUGAAUAAAUUAGUAGAGGAGAGGAAGAUGGGUAAGAAGACUGGUGAAGGAUUUUACAAAUACAAAUGAACUCCAGCAUAUGAGGGGUUGUCAAGCCAUCCAUAUAAGCAUGUGCCAUGCAGCACUUCUCCUACUACACUAAGAAUGCUGCUUGACCAAGCCUUUCCUAGACUGUCACAGGCGGUUCUGUGCAUUUUGAUUGUAAUCUGUCUCUGAAGUGAUUGUUUACACCAGUUAACAAUUUCUGUGCUGAGGGCCGAUUUGGUAGAUCAUUUUUUUUUUUGUAAUUCUGAAAGCUUUACACACAUGGUGCCUUUGUGCAGAUGUUGAUCUUCCAGGCACAAGACAUUUUCUUGCAGACAAACGUGAAAACAGCAGUCAUGUAUUUGAACAGUUUAUUAUAUUAACAAAAUAACUCCUGCACAUUUUAGUGAAAAUAAAAUUGUCAACAAUUCUGUAUUCAAUCCACUGGCUUUGAAUUGGUGUACUUGGUUCUAAUCCACUGGGUGGCAGUCUGUUUGCAUCCUGGUAAAUGUAGAGGCAGAAAUGCAAUGUCUGGUUUUGUUUUGACAUUUAACAAAAAAAAAUUGUGCUAAUCUAUAGAACAUAGUAAUAGCUGGAUUACAAUCUAAUAGUACCUUAAACAGAUUAUUUUUAUAGGUUCUGUAUUUUUAAAAAUUAAUCUUGAAACGAUUUGUACUGUCAUUUGUGGCUGACUCCUCAGGAAAAAAGCUGUUUAAUACUGUG